AUGUUGGACCGACAAGCACUGUACUUAAUCCUACUUCUUUCCUGUGGGACUGUUCAUGGCAACUCUGCAGUGUACAAUCCUUGUAUUAAGUACAUGAAGUUAACCGAAGAUGAAGCCACUCAAGUGCUAAAUCACUGGCCAGAUAGAAAGGAUCCUUCAUUUGAUGAUCGGGGUUACAGGUGCUUUCUUACAUGUGUACUCAUAGACAUGGGACUGAUUAGCCCCUCAGGGCAGGUGCAGAUUGACAAGUACAUGAAGUCCGGAGUUGUGGACUGGAGAUAUGUGGCAAUGGAGUUGGUUUGGUGUCGAGGCGAUUUCGAAGAUGAAAAGGAUUUGUGCGAACUGGCAUUUGGAAUAUUCAACUGUUUCAGGGAGGUGAAACUAGGGGUGGCGAAUAAAAGGGAUAAAUAA